UGGAGGCGAGUUGGCUUCUGGGCAUCUCUCUGUAUAGCCCCCUGUAACCGAGUCAAGCCCCUUCCUAACUCGUCCCCUCACCUCCUCCUUCCGACCAAAACCUCUAGGCGUCGCAUCUGCGCGUGUACGGAAUUGCGUGUAUACGUAAUUUCGAAGCUGAAUACUAUUAACUUUUAUUAUUUACGUGAUGACGUCGGAGAUCGAGAUCGUGGAGGAGGUGGAAUCCAGAGAUCAGGAAAAUGCGGAGGCGGCAGCGAAUGAUGGAACCGCUUCAGCCGCGGCGGCAGAGGAUGAGAGCUCGAAGAACGAUGUUUACACGGCGGCGGCUUACGGUGACAUGGAAAAGCUACAGAGAUUAGUCGAGAGCGAGGGAUGCUCAGUAUCUGAGCCCGAUGGCCUUGGCUACUACGCCCUCCAGUGGGCCGCUCUUAACAACCGCUCUGCUGCUGCGCAAUACAUAAUUGAGCAUGGAGGAGAUGUCAAUGCUGCAGAUCAUACAGGACAAACAGCAUUACAUUGGAGUGCAGUUCGAGGUGCAAUCCAGGUUGCAGAACUUUUACUCCAAGAGGGUGCUCGGGUAAAUACGGCUGAUAUAUAUGGAUAUCAGGCAAUACAUGUUGCUGCACAAUAUGGUCAGACAGCUUUUAUUUAUUAUAUUGUAAGAAAGUGGAAUGCUUAUCCUGAUGUUCCUGACAACGAUGGGAGAAGUCCUUUACACUGGGCUGCAUACAAAGGUUUUGCUGAUUGUUUACGCCUCUUGCUAUUUCUGGAUGCAUAUCGGGGACGACAGGAUAAAGAGGGGUGUACUCCACUUCAUUGGGCUGCUAUCAGGGGUAACCUAGAAGCAUGCACGGUGUUAGUACAGGCUGGGAACAAGGAAGACCUGAUGGUGACAGAUCACACUGGCCUUACGCCUGCACAGCUUGCUUCUGAUAAAAAUCAUCGACAAGUUACCUUUUUCCUUGAAAAUGCUAGACAGUUGUUUGAAAAACGUUGUGAUGGGGACAGCUGGCUAGGAAAACUUUUGAAAUUAGGCCUUGCUCCUAUACUUUGGUGUUUAAUCUUUCUGCUACUUGUAACUUACAUCCACUCAGUCAUUAUGGAUCCUAAUCUGCCAAAGUUAACAGCUGCUAGUGCUCUUUUUGCUUGGCUGGGUGUUUUCUUUGCAAUUUCUGGACUAGUUAUGUUUUACAGAUGUAGCAGCAAAGAUCCAGGUUACAUUAGAAUGAGCGCACAUGAUUCACAAGAUAUAAAGGAUGAUGAACCCUUGUUGAAGAUUGAUAUUGAUCAUCCUGCAUUGCUUGCUGGGAACUGGUCUCAACUAUGCUCCACAUGCAAGAUUGUUCGUCCUCUUCGUGCAAAGCAUUGUUCAACCUGUGGUCAUUGUGUAGAACAGUUUGAUCACCAUUGUCCUUGGGUAUCUAAUUGCAUUGGCAAGAAAAACAAAUGGGAAUUUUUCCUGUUUCUUGUUCUUGAAGUAUCGGCUAUGCUUAUAACUGGUGGAGUUGCUCUCACAAGAAUCUUGACGGAUCCUAUGGCCCCGUCUUCUUUUUUUCUCUGGUUGAACUAUGCUGGCACUCAGCAUAUUGGUGCUAUAGCAUUUUUUGUUGCAGACUUCUUCAUUUUCUCUGGUCUAGCAGUAUUAACAGUCAUACAGGCUUCUCAGAUCUCACAAAACAUUACAACAAAUGAAGUCGCAAAUACAACGCGCUAUAGUUACCUCAGAGAUGAAGCUGGUCAAUUCAGAAAUCCAUAUGAUCAUGGGGUUAAGAAAAAUUGUUCAGAUUUCUUGAUAAAUGGCUAUAAUGAAGACAUUGUGUAUACUGAAGAAGAAUCAGCUUGUCCCGAAGGUGAUGAGACGAGGCAUAUUGCUCAGAGUUCAACCUUUCAAACAAGUGCAGCAAGACACCAGGGCAAUGGGAAUGGGCAUGUAGUUUUGGAUGUGAAUAAGAGCACUAGUCGUCAAAAUCAUGUUCAGUCUUUUAACUGCAGUCGCCAUCUUAGUAGCAAGCUCAAAACUGGCUAUUUACCGUUAGGAUUGGGUAUUGGCCUAGGGCGAAGCAUCUUUCGCACUGUGCUCUAGUUUCAUGAUUAAUAAUUUUAUAUCAAUCCUUGCCGAUUGAUAUUGCAUUCUUUCGUGCAUGCCAUUGUUUUGUAAGUUCAUAAGUGUAGAUGUAAUUCAAUUAUUUACUAGAUUGUACUUGUCCUCAACUUGUGAAAUUGUCAUGGCUACACUGAUUGUGCCGGUUAGUUAAACUUUAUGAGUGUAAAUACUUUCAUAAUAUUUUAUUAACUUUUUUAUUUUAAAAAGUC